UUUCAGUGACCUCUAUAAAAAGUCAUGAAGGCAUUAAUGAUCUCAAAUUCUUAGAAGGCACAAACACGAAAGAAGAAAAAAAAAGGAGAAACUAACUCCUUGACAAAGAUAUGGCUAGAAGUGUCAGCUUAGCCCUUUUGGCUCUCGCUUUAGCUUCUGUUUUGCAAGCCACCGCUGCACAGACAACGCAUAUAGUUGGUGACGAGUUGGGUUGGCUGGUCCCUCCCGGCGGGCCCAUUGCUUACUCCACUUGGGCUGCCAUGCAAACUUUCUCUGUUGGGGAUAUCCUUAUUUUCAACUUCACAACUGGAGAGCAGGAUGUGGCCAUGGUCACCAGGGAAGCCUAUGGAACCUGCAAUUCAACUAAUCCCAUUUUCCUUCAAACAACUGGUCCAGCGAACUUCACCUUGGACUCAGUUGGCGAGUAUUAUUUUAUAGGUACCAUGGACCAACACUGCCCCUUAGGCCAAAAGUUAGCCAUCAACGUCUCUGCCCCUGGACCUAGGCCUAGCCCUAUUCCUCCUCCUCCACGGGGACCAAUUACCUAUACCGUUGGUGAUAGCUUGGGUUGGCUUGUCCCUCCCGCCGGUGCCAUUGCAUAUGCCACUUGGGCUUUCAACAAGACUUUCCUUCUGGGAGACACUUUAGUAUUCAUUUUCAUCAAUGGAACCCAAGACGUGGCCAUGGUAACAAAAGAAGCCUAUGAAGCCUGUGAUACUAAUAACACCAUCACUGUUUUGAACACUAGUCCUGCUAAUAUCACCCUCACCACCACCGGUGAACAUUUCUUCACUAGCACUUUUGCACGCCACUGCGACUUGGGUCAGAAGCUAGCCAUUAAUGUUACAGCACGUAGCACCGCAAAUCCACCAUCUAGCUCUACAGAGCCAUCAUCCAGCGGCACAACUCCUGUUUCUGAAGGUCCCUCCGAAGCGCUGGCCCCGACUUCUCCAGUUAGCUCAGCCCCUUCUCAUCUCAUAGGCGGCUUCUUCAUCACCCUCUUAUCUAUAGCCAUAGCAUUCAUUUAACAUACAGUAGCACGUACGUAAAAAACUUUCACUCGACAUUUAUUGUUUACGUCUCAUCCCAUGUAGGACUAUGCGAUGAUUCCUUUGCAUACUAAAUAAUCUGGGUUCAUGAUAUUCAAUUUAUUUUGGUUUUUGCUCUGUUAUUGGAUUUUUUAACAGUGAUGUAAUAAAGCAUUAUAUUUGUUGUAUGGGUUUCACAAUACCUUUCUCUAAUUGAGCUUCACAAACCGGGCUCAAUAACUA